UUGGAACUCUUCUGACAUACCAACGAGGCUUGUCAGAUUCUUCAGCGCUUGACUUCGUCAUCGUCAAUCCUAACAUCUAAUACCCCGCUCUCGCGAACUCAACUUGACUGAAUAUUCAACAAAUCUCAACAUGGCUGGAGAUGAUGAGCACGAUGGCGCCACCGUCCAGGAAAUCCUGAUCGAAGCCUGCCGCCGCAACAACGUCGAUCUUCUCAACGACUGUCUCGAGGACAAGUCCGAUGCCGAGAUCUCAAAGCUCCUCAACGAGACCACAACUGUCUUGGGCAACCAUCUCUAUCACGAAGCCGCCUCUCGCGGAAACUACGAAAUCAUUGACCACCUCCUCGACCAGCCCGAAUUCGAGUGCGAUCCUAUCAACCGUACAGAAGGCGACACACCUCUUCACAGCGCCAUUCGUUGGAUCAACUCAGAGCCACCCGCACAGCGACCUUUUGGCAACGCCCUCGUCGAGAUGAUGCUUGAGGCCGGUUCCAGCACACGAGUCAAGAACAAGGCUCGUCUUACUCCCUACCAGCUUGUCGAUCCUACAAACACAGAGCUCCGCGAAAUAAUUCAGAAGCAUGAGUAUGCGAACCAAAAUGCUGGCGACUUCAUCAAUGUCAACAACUCGGCUGGCCACGGUGGAGCUGUGCUAGAUGUUCCAGACGACAGUGACGAUGAUGCUGAGUUCAGCGGAAGUGAUGAAGAGGAGCGAGCUGAAUGGGAGAGGAGGCGGAAGGAGAAGCAACGCAAAUAGACGAGCAACAUGGCACGUUUACACGAAUUCAAAUAUAGAGGUUGCUUCACAGUAGGACGAGGCAAACCAGUUCAUGGGUGGAUAUAAAUCAUGAAAUCU